UUUUUGUUGCUGUUGUUUGUUUGUUGUUGUUUAUUCGAAUCAUAUUUGAAAAAUAAUUUCAAAAAAUGUCUGAUAUUGGCGAUGAAUCAAUACAGCAAAUUAUGCAUAAAUCCUUACUGGAAAGUAUGGCACAAGUUGAACGUAUCCCAUGUAAAAAAGCAUAUGCAAGCAGGGCUCUUGAAAAUUUGCGUCAAUUUGAUCAAUAUCAACGAAUGUAUGAACAUUCAAUCAAAUCACCAGGAACAUUUUGGAAACAGAUUGCAACCGAUUUCUAUUGGACAGCGCCAUUACCAUUAACAUAUCAUAAAAUUUUAGAAUCUAAUUUUGAUUGUAAAACUGGACCAAUUAAAGUGGAUUUUUUCAGAGGAAUGAAAACGAAUAUUACUUACAAUUUAUUGGAUCGUGUAAUAACUUGUGGAUUCGGUGAUCGUAUUGCUUAUCAUUGGUUGGGUAAUGAUUUAAAUGAAACGAGAAAAAUUACCUAUAAAGAAUUAAAAAAUGAAGUUUGCCGUUUGGCUAAUUAUAUGAAACAAACGUUGAAAAUUGACCCAGGCGAUCGUGUGGCAAUUUAUUUGCCAGUUACGAUUCAAUUAAUUGUUGCAAUGUUGGCUUGUGCGCGAAUCGGUGCCGUACACACUGUUGUGUUUGCUGGUUUCAGUGCUAAUUCACUGGCCGAACGUAUGAUAAAUGCUCAAUGCAAAAUGCUGAUCGCGGCUGAUGCAUCAUUUCGUGGUGAUAAAUUUUUAAAUUUUCUACCAAUAAUAGACACUGCCAUACAGGGCUGCCUUGCCAAAAAAUUAGAAAUAAAGAAAAUAAUCAUAGUUGAUCGUUUUGAAAAAACAAAUAAUCGUAAUAAACCACGAUAUACUGAGACUGUUCAAAAACAUCAAUCACCACACAAUGAAAUGAUUAUUUCAUGGGAUAAAAUAAUAAACGAUGCCACUAUCAGUGAUGAAUGUGAUCCGGAAUGGGUUGAAACUGAACAUCCAUUAUUUAUACUUUAUACAUCAGGAUCGACAGGUAAACCAAAAGGCAUUUUACAUACGGUUGCAGGCUAUAUGUUAUCAGCGGCAACAGCAUUCAAACAUGCAUUUAAUUAUCAUGAUGGUGAUAUAUUCUUUUGUACGGCUGAUAUCGGCUGGAUUACCGGUCAUACGGCAAGUGUUUAUGGUGCAUUAGCUAACGGUGCUACAAGUGUUAUAUAUGAAGGUAUUCCCACACAUCCUCGUGUUGAUCGUUUCUGGAUGAUUAUAAAUGAAUAUAAAGUGAAUAUAUUCUAUACAUCACCAUCAGCUAUACGAUCAUUAAUGAAAUUCGGUGAACGAUAUGUAAAAGCACAUUCAAUGCGUGAUCUACGAUUGAUAGCAUUGGUUGGAGAAACAGUUAAUCGACAAACAUGGUUCUGGAUCUAUCGUUAUAUUGGCCAAGAACGAUGUCCAAUUGUGGAUACAUAUUUUCAAACUGAAACUGGUGCACCAAUGAUUUUUACCAUACCUUAUGCAAUGGAUAUGAAACCAGGAUCCACAGGAUUACCGUGGUUUGGUGUUGUACCGGUAAUACUAGAUGAUAGUGGCAAAGAAAUUGUUGGGAAUGAUCAAGGCCAUUUGGUGUAUAAACAAGCAUGGCCAGGAAUGGCUCGAACUUUUGACGAUGAACGUGAAACAUUUGAAACAGUAUAUUUUAAAAAAUUUCCAGGAUAUUUUUACACCGGUGAUGGUGCAUUUCGUGACACAGAUGGUUAUUAUUGGAUUACCGGUCGUAUGGAUGAUUCAAUGAAUGUAUCCGGACAUUUAUUAUCACCAAUUGAAGUUGAAAAUGCAUUAUUGAGCGAUAAAAGAGUGGCUGAAGCUGCAGUUGUUUCUAUGCCACAUCCGGUAAAAGGACAGGCAAUUUGUGCAUUUAUUGUUCUUAAACAAGGAAAUGCUAAUUUAGAUUCCGCUUUCAAUAAUGAAUUGCUUUCCAUAGUUCGACAAGAAAUUGGUUCCAUAGCAACGCCAGAUAUGAUAUUAAAUGUACGUGGAUUGCCGAAAACACGUUCAGAUAAAAUUUUGCGUCGUGUGCUUGAAUUGGUUGCUAAAGGUGAACGAAAAAAUUUUGGUGAUCUAUCCACACUAGCCGAUGAAACUAUUAUUGAACAUUUAGUUAAAGUUCGUAUUUCAUAUAAACCAUUUACAGCAACAACAUCAUCUCCCACACCCUCAACAACACCAUCAAAUGUAAUCGAUGAUAAAAAUCAAUCAUCAAUUAGUUAGAAAAAAUGCAGUAAACUUUUUCUCAUUAAAAAAACCGAUAAAUUCCAAAAAUAAUUUUUAAGAUAUUCGAUUCGGCAGUUUCAAUAA